AUCUCUCGCUCUCUCUCUCUCCCCCUCCCCUCCCUCUUUCUCUCUCCAUCUCUCCGAAUAAAACCGACUGAUUCCGCGAAUGUGCGAGCUGCCUCCUUGCAAGCAGCCAUAAUUGGGAUUAUUCAGGAAUAAUUCGCCUAAUCCAGCCGCGUUGUUUUUUUUUCCCUCCGUGUUUUUUUCUUCCUCUGAAUCGUGAUUUCGACAAGCGUCGGCGAUGUGAAUCUCCUCGUGAUUUCGGUGGAUUUGUCACCCGCCUCAAAAAAAAAAAAAAGAUGCAUUUGUUCUUCUGUCAUGGAGGCUUUUUUAUUGUGGACUAUUAAGAUGUAGUCCACCUUCGCUGGACAGCAAAACAAAGACUGCAUAUGAGCAGUUCAGGGUAAAUACAUCGUCUAUUUUUUCGGCUCAAAGAUGGGGAAAAGAGACGUUUCGAGGCUGUUGUCUAUGUGGACUAAUUGUUCUGGUGCCACUAGCCAAUAUACACGCCAAGACGAUUCAUUUAGGGGAUGCGCGAUCUUUUUCUCCUCUCUAUCGUUUGUGGGUGGGUUAUUAUAAGCAUUGAAAAUCUGACAUCAUUUGGAUUUUAUAGCAACAAGAACAAGAUAUAUAUAUUUUUGAUCGCGUCUGUUUUCGAGCCUCCUGGAAAUCCAUCCUCGACGUGAUGCAACAUAAAAGCUGUUUUGUCGGAUGAUAUUCAGACACAGAGCAAAAAUGAACACAUCCCUCCGUAUGAAGCCGUGAAAGAAGGGUGGCAGUGGAUGUGGAUGUGUUGUUUUUUUUUAUUAUACAUGUCUCUUAUUUUGGCAGAGUCCUCCUCAUCCUGGAUUUGUUUGAUCAGCUGUUGAUUAUUAGGACGUCGCCUCCACCGUCUUAUGUUUAUUAUAUGUUGCUCAAUUUCUCUCGCGAUGGAUUUAUGCAUAACAGGUGUUGUUUGAGCUCGAGAGCAUCGGCACGAGCAUGAGGCUUUAUUAUGUGUUUUUCCCUCGAUUUGACAAGCGGUGAAACAAAGCGGCCGGGCUCCUUUUUUAUUGUUUUUGUCGUGCGAGACGACGAGCGGCUCCCCCCCUUCAAAAAAAGCAGAAAUGAGGCGAUGAAAGGUAGGUUAUCAUCCUCCUCUCUCUUUCCUCACACAAACACACACACACGCGCGCAGACAUGCACACACGUACACACACAGCAGAGGUGAUUUUGACACCUGUUCAUCUGUGUGUGUGUGUUUUUUUUUUUGCACUCCAGCCCGUGUUUCAGGGGCCUAGCUGACAUGGCAGCCAUCUAAUCAGGUGAAAUGAUAUUUGUCAAGGUGGCAGAGGGCUGUGAUGUAGGGGAGGAAAUAAGGCUACAGUUAUAGAGCACAUCACAUUGUGUUUCAUGGCCUACAUAGACAAGGCCCACCCAGACUAGCACAGCUAUGUUUUAUCACCACCUUAUGCAUUUAAAUUAGGCUUUUAAGAGGGGCUGCAUCUCAAUCCCCGGCUUGUUUUUCCAAUCAAUUUUCAUGUUUUAUUCUUCCAACGAGGCUGAUUGUUGUUCCCUUGCUCAAAAACCGAGGCUUUACCAUCACCGUCCUCUUCUUGUUGUGUUAAAAAAAAGGGGGCCUGUGGUGUAAAAACCAAAUGGCUCCCUGCUCAUAUUCCUCUAUUUGUUAUGUGCUGUGAAUGGUUCGAAUCACACCCUCUGCUCUGUAACCGACUACCACGUCAAUGCACAAAAGCGGCGGAGACAAAGCAUAAAAUGUUCUUUGCUCAUUUACAACAUCUCUGUUUGUUGGACAUGCCCAGUGUUGGUUAUACUGUGUCUGCUCCAUCCCCCUGUACACCCCCAUGCAUUCACUCAAACACCCACACUUGCACAAAGUAUGUGAGCUGUUGUAUCUUAGCAACGGGCAAGGUAAUUACUGAGAGAGCCAAGGAGCUGGCAUGCUGUAGAGCUGCUGAUCUGAUCCCAGCCGUAGAGAAACAGGAAGGCUGAGAUUUCCACUGUGUUGCCCGACACAGCACUUCUAUAUCAGUGAUGUCAAAUGUGAGUGUUGUUUCUCUGAGUGUUGCUGUUUUGGAGCUAGCAGGACUGUCAGACAUCUUGUUUUUCAUUCUUCAAAAAAAAAUGUGUUUCUGUUCGCAGGUGGGGAGGUUGUGGACAAAGAGGAAAGAUGAGUCUGUCAUGUAGAAAAGAUCCUUACGGCCUCGCCUUAUAAAGACGAGAGAGAGCCGUGGGAGACGACGGCUGUAAGAGGCGGAACAGUAGUGUUUAUAAAAGGGCCUCAUCCAGGCAGGCUCAGGUGGAAGGUGAUAAGAAUGGCUAACCAGAGCUUUGCCAUCGACGGCCCUGGCAGUUUGCUGGCUGUGCUGGCCUCGCAGAGCGGACUGGCAAGAGGCGGCAGCAGCAGCAGCAGCAGUGACAGCAGCAGCAACAGUGGAGGAAUCUCUGCCACAGAUGUGUCCGCCUACUUUAAGCUGGUCUUCUUGGGUUUGAUCAUCUGUGUCAGCCUCGUAGGCAACCUAUUGGUUUCCCUGCUGGUCCUACGAGACAGGACACUUCACAAGGCUCCCUACUUCUUUCUCCUGGACCUGUGCCUGGCUGAUGCAGUCCGCUCCGCCGCCUGCUUCCCCUUCGUGCUGGUUUCUGUCCACAACAGCUCGGCCUGGACUUACAGCGCCUUGAGCUGUAAGGUUGUGGCGUUUAUGGCCGUGCUGUUUUGUUUUCACGCUGCCUUCAUGCUGUUUUGUGUGGCCGUCACCCGAUACCUUGCCAUCGCCCACCAUCGAUUCUACGCCAAGCGCAUGACCAUUUGGACCUGUGCCGCCAUCAUUUGCAUGGUGUGGACUCUGGCUGUUGCCAUGGCGUUCCCGCCCGUCUUUGACGUGGGGACAUACAAGUUCAUCCGUGAUGAGGAUCAGUGCAUUUUCGAACACCGCUACCUGAAGACCAACGACACCCUGGGCUUCAUGCUCAUGCUUGCUGUGGUGGUCCUGGCCACCCACGGGUUCUACGCCAAACUGCUGCUGUUUGAGUACCGGCACCGCAAAAUGAAACCGGUCCAGCUGGUGCCGGCCAUCAGCCAGAACUGGACCUUCCACGGUCCUGGGGCCACAGGUCAAGCAGCGGCCAACUGGAUCGCGGGGUUCGGUCGUGGUCCCAUGCCGCCCACCUUGCUGGGCAUCAGGCAGAAUCUACACAAUCAACACCGGCGGCUGCUCGGGAUGGAGGAGGUGAGGUCAGAGCGGAGGCUGGGCAGGAUGUUCUACACCAUCACCCUGCUCUUCCUGGUCCUCUGGGCUCCUUACAUCGUUGCGUGCUUCUGGAGGGUGUUCGUCAAAUCCUGCACCAUCCCUCACAGGUACCUCUCCAUUACCGUGUGGAUGAGCUUCGCCCAAGCCGGAGUCAACCCCAUCUUCUGUCUCCUGCUCAACGAGGACCUGAGGAAAGUGCUGCGAGCUCACCUGCCCACCUACUGGAGGACUAAACAACACCUGCCCCAGGACGAGGCCUACUGCAUCAUGUGAUAGCUCGAAGAGGGGAAUGUUUCAGGUUUUAAAGGGAAACUGGGAGAUAAGACUUGAUGUAAUGCACCUUGGUUAAGUGUCUGUUUUGUUGUGUUGCACAACAAAAUCAAAUUAUUGCCAACAAAUGCAGGCACAGUGCCAUUUCAUUAAGAAUGUUGAUAUUUGAAUAAAUGUGUUCGGUGCAAAGAUUAGAUCAGGGCCAUACAAAAGAAAAAAAAAGCCCUGGUUACACUUUAAAACAGUUUGUUUUCCAGAUGAUGUACUGUAUGAUUAAUAAGUAGGAACGAUCACAACAAUCACCACUCCAACUAAGUGUGACAGAUGCCAUUUUAAAAUAAUGUUGCCUUAUUUCAGCGGGACACGCCCCAGAGCUUUCAACUGAGAAUGAUUUUGUGUGUCAUAUGAGGCACAAAAACAGACACACAGAGGGUUGAAAUCCUUGAAAAAAAAAAAAGUGCUGCGGACUGUGAAUAGAAAGUGUUGAUCAGAGCGUUACUAACUCUGAAACACAUCAAGGAACUCAAAGGGUCUGAAUGGAUUUAUAGACCACCCCGGACGCCUUUUCAUGUAAUUCAAAGGAGACUGCAGAGUAUCGAAUGGACCCAAUAACCUUGGAUACAUUUAAAUAGCUGUUGUGAACCCAAGAAGCCCCUAACAUGCUUGAUUUUUUGGACUUGAUUUAGGGCGUGUCAGGUUUCUUUGUAUCAUAAAAAAAUUGCCUGUUUUCCUUUAUUUGUAAACUAUACAUGUUAAGCAGAUGACACUAUUUUGAAAUAUGACUUGAUUUCAUAUUGUAUAGACUGUACAGGAAUGUAUAUUCCUGCUUGUGUGUUUUUAUAUAGCAACUGUGUGUAUGUGUGCGUGCGAGAGGAAGAGGUAGACGCAGAGGAGGGGAGGCAGGGAGACAGAUGAGAGAAAUAAUGAUGAUAGAAUAGGUUCCAGUUAUAUUGAGUCAGUAUGAAAGCAGCCUCAUCUUGGUGUCUCAAAAUCAUGCAAAAUUGAACAAUCAUCACAUGGAAAUUAAUCCUCUAAAUGGAUUUCCGUAACUGAAAAUGUAGUCUGAUUUUUUUUAAUGAACAAGCAAAUGGGAACUAUAGAUGGAUAAUGAAAAAGGGGACGGAAUAAUUAGAAAACAACACUUGUACAUUGCAAACAGGCCAUAGGAUUUAAUGACUUGAAUGAUGAUGUGAAUUACGCCGUUUGAAAAAAAAAUCAUUAGCAAAUGAACGUUUAUUUGCAAAUGAUGAUCAUGGGAAUGUUUUUAAAGUGAUGAUAUGCUCUCAUAAGAACACAGAAAUACGAAGACAUGAAGUGGCACUUAAUUUGAAGGAAACUUGAAAGCUACUGGGCUCUUUCAUUAUCCCCCCCUCGACGGAAAUAUCACAUUUUUAAUUCCUGGAUUUCAGUAAUUCUCAGUCUAAACAGGCUUGAAUUUGACCCCUGAGAUGUUUGGUGUAUGAAAAACCCGCUGAGACCACAUUUGAGUCGUCUCCAAAUUAAAAAUCCAUGUAAAACAAAACUGUCAGACCUACAGUAUGUUAGGCAUAGAUAUAUUUGUGCAGUCAAUUUUUUCUAAAUGUGGACACUUGCACAGCAUACUGUAUUAGCAUGCAUCCCACUGCAUUUCAUAGAUUCAAGAUUGUGGAUUACAACUUGUACAGAUGUUGAUACGGGAAGAUGAAGAGAAAAGUGAACUGAGGUCCAUAAUUUUUACGUCUGGCAUUCCUUCGCGAGAUGAUAUUCUGUAACUGUACAGUUUAACUGAGGUGGUUCUUUUUCCCACUCAUCAAUAAAGACUCUACUUUUGAUGCAACUCGA